GGAUCGCGGCGGCGGCGGCGGCGGCUGCGGCGGCGGCACCAUGACCCUGGAGCACGAGCUUCGCCAGUUACACAAGGCCAAGGCCCGAGCUCAGAGGAGCGGGCAGCUGCGCGAGGAGGCAGCCUGCUGCCACCAGCUGGGGGAGCUACUGGCCGUCCACGGCCGCUUCCUGGAGGCCCUGGAGGAGCACCAGCAGGAGCUACAGCUUCUGGAGAGUGCCAAGGACACCCUGGGCUGCGCCGUGGCCCACCGCAAGAUCGGAGAGCGGCUGGCGGAGAUGGAGGACUACUCGGCUGCCCUGAAGCACCAACACUGCUACCUGGAGCUGGCUGGUUCCCUGUCAAACCACACUGAACUGCAGAGAGCUUGGGCCACCAUUGGCCGCACCCACCUGGACAUCUAUGAUCAUUGCCAGUCAAAGGAGGCCUUGCUGCAGGCACAGUCUGCCUUUGAGAAGAGCUUGGCUAUUGUGGAUGAGAAGCUGGAGGGGAUGCUGACGCAGCGAGAGUUGAGUGAGAUGAGGACCCGGCUCUACCUCAACCUGGGCCUCACCUUUGAAAGCCUGCAGCAGACAGCCCUGUGCCAUGACUACUUCAAAAAGAGUAUCUUUCUUGCAGAGCAGAACCACCUAUAUGAGGACCUGUUCCGGGCUCGCUACAACCUGGGUGCCAUCCACUGGCGUGGAGGACAGCAUUCUCAGGCCAUGCGCUGUCUAGAGGGGGCCCGGGAGUGUGCCCGGGCCAUGAAAAUGAGGUUCAUGGAGAGUGAAUGCUGCAUGGUACUCUCCCAGGUGCUCCAAGACCUGGGGGACUUUCUGGCUGCCAAACGAGCUCUGAAGAAGGCUUAUAGGUUGGGUUCCCAGAAACCUGUGCAGAGAACAGCUGUCUGUCAGAACCUCAAAUAUGCAGUGCUGGCAGUAGUCCAGCUGCAGCAGCAGCUCGAGGAAGCUGAAGGCAGUGACCCUCAGCGUGCCAUGGUCAUCUGUGAACAGUUGGGGGACCUUUUCUCUAAGGCAGGUGACUUUCCCAAGGCAGCAGAGGCAUACCAGAAACAGCUGCACUUUGCUGAGCUGCUGAACAGACCAGACCUUGAGUUGGCUGUCAUCCACGUGUCCCUGGCCACCACACUGGGAGACAUGAAGGAUCAUCGCCAGGCUGUGCACCACUAUGAAGAAGAACUGAGGCUGCGCAAGGGCAAUGCUCUAGAGGAAGCUAAGACCUGGUUCAACAUUGCAGUAUCCCAUGAAGAGGCUGGUGAUGCAUAUGAGCUGCUGGCACCAUGCUUUCAGAAGGCUCUUAGCUGUGCUCAACAGGCUCAGCGGCUCCAGCUACAGAGGCAGAUCUUACAGCACCUCCACACUGUGCAAUUGAAACUUCAGCCCCAAGAUGCCCCAGACACUGAAACCAGGCUGCAGGAACUGAGUAUGGUAAAAGAGAAUGAGGAGGAAGAGGAAGAUGAGGAGGAGGAGGAAGCAGAAGCCAGUGAGGCCCUGGAGACCAGUGAGCUGGAGCUUUCAGAGAGCGAAGAUGGUGCUGACAGCUUGCCUCGGCAGCUGGAGGAAGAUGAGGAACUUCGGGGCUGCCUUGGCCGGCGGAAAGUCAACAAGUGGAACCGACGUAAUGACAUGGGAGAGACCCUGCUGCAUCGAGCCUGUAUUGAAGGCCGCCUGCGCCGUGUCCAAGACCUCGUGAGACAGGGGCAUCCUCUGAACCCUCGAGACUACUGUGGCUGGACACCUCUUCAUGAAGCCUGCAACUAUGGCCAUCUGGAGAUUGUCCGCUUUCUUCUGAACCAUGGGGCCAUAGUAGAUGAUCCAGGUGGCCAGGGCUGUGAUGGUAUCACCCCCUUGCAUGAUGCCCUCAACUGUGGCCACUUUGAGGUAGCUGAACUACUCAUUGAGCGAGGGGCAUCCACAACCCUUCGUACCAAAAAGGGCCACAGCCCACUGGAGACACUGCAGCAGUGGGUCAAGCUAUACUUCAGGGAUCUGGACUUUGAGACAAGACAGAAAGCAGCAGCCAUGGAGAAGAGGCUCAGGGCCUCCUCAGGCCCAGCCCCCCAUGGCUCCCCUGCCCCCCAGACCAUCCCAAGUAACCAUCUGUUUGACCCUGAGAUCUCUCCUUCCUCGAGCUCCUGCCCAGAACCCUCCUUACAUACCCCUGGACCUCCAGAAGGCUCUCUGGCCCCUGUCAAGGUCUCUCCACAGAAUGCCAUGCCAGCUGUGGCCAGACCUCGAAAGAGUAGGCACAGACAAGCCAGCAACAGCAGCAGCUCAGAAGAAGAAGACAACAGGGGGCCCCACAAACCAUCUCAGAAGAGGCCCAGGCACCCUGCCAUGGCACAGCAGGACGAAGCCUGCAAAACUGGCCCUGCCAGCAAUAGGGAGACAGCCAUAAUGAGCACUGGCCGAGCUGCCUACCAGGCAGCCAUCCGAGGUGUGGGCAGUGCCCAGAGCCGCCGCCUGGGGCCCAACCUGCCUUGGAGCUCAGAUGAAGUCCCUGUCACCCAGGAAGCACUCAUUCCUGAGGAAGAAUACCUGGCUGGGGACUGGCUAGAACUAGAUGCACCUCUAACCCGAAGCAGCAAGGCUAGUACCUCAGGGUCAGACUCAGAGAGGUGCUCUGUCAGGCCCCGGUCUCGUGCCAAGCAGAGCCGCCUGAGUCAUCUUGAGAGUUGGUGUGCUGUGGACAAAACAGGAGAUGGCAGCUUGGCUGCAGAGCCUUCAGGGAACACCAUCAUGAUGAGGGCCUUAGGGCCCAGCAGGGAAAACCCUACAGCAGCACAGCCCUCGGUUCUGGUUCAGGCCCCUCCUAUUCGUGUUCGAGUUCAAGUUCAGGAUAAUCUUUUCCUCAUCCCUGUCCCACACAGUGAUACCCACUCUGUGGCCUGGCUGGCAGAGCAGGCUGCCCAGCGCUACUACCAAACCUGUGGGCUGAUGCCAAGGCUCACCCUGCGGAAGGAGGGAGCACUGCUGGCCCCACAAGACCCCAUCCCUGAUGUAUUGCAAAGUGAUGAUGAGGUGUUGGCUGAAGUAACCUCUUGGGACCUACCCCCACUGACUGACCGCUAUCGCAAGGCCUGCCAGAGCCUGGGGCAAGGUUCAGAGGGCAGAGAUCCAGGAUCUGGCUCUGGUGACUCUACAUCUCCUUCUCCAGGGGAGCACCAGAAAAUCCUGCAGGUCAUGGAGUGCCAGAGUUCAGGCCCUUCGUUCAGUGCCUGCUCCUUGGCCCUUUGCCAUGCCCAGCUCACACCCUUGCUGCGGGCCCUCAAGUUACACACCGUGCUCCGGGAGCUUCGCCUAGCGGGGAACCGGCUGGGUGAUGGAUGUGCUCCUGAGCUGCUGGCUGCCCUGGGCACCAUGCCCAACCUGGUCCUCCUCGACCUCUCCUCCAAUCACUUGGGCCAGGAAGGUUUGCGCCAACUUGCUGGAGGCCCCUUAGGCCGGGUCGCCUUACAGAACCUGGAGGAGCUGGACUUAAGCAUGAACCCACUGGGGGAUGGCUGUUGCCAGGCCCUGGCUUCCCUUCUACGGGUCUGCCCCUUGCUCAGCACCCUGCGCCUACAAGCCUGUGGGUUUGGCCCCAGUUUCUUCCUGAGCCACCAGGCUGCUCUGGGGAGCGUAUUUCAAGAUGCUGAGCACCUGAAAACCCUGUCUCUGUCUUAUAAUGCCCUUGGUGCACCUGCCCUGGCCAGGGUCCUGAAGAGCCUGCACACCCAUACCCUCCUACACCUAGAACUUGGCUCUGUGGCAGCUGACAAAAGCGACUUAAACCUCAUGGAACCUAUUGUCAGAUACCUGACCAAGGAAGGCUGUGCUCUGACCCACCUGACUCUGUCGGCAAACUACCUGAGUGACAAAGCUGUGAGAGAGCUGAGCAGGUGUCUCCCUUGCUGCCCCUCACUCAUCUCCCUGGACCUUUCCGCCAAUCCUGAGGUCAGCUGCACCAGUCUGGAGGAGCUUUUGUCUGCCCUCCAGGAGCGGCGCCAAGGCCUCAGCUUCCUUGACUUGUCAGGCUGCAACAUCCAGGGGCCUCUGGGCCCUAGCCUUUGGGACAAGAUGACCCUGCAGCUGCAGGGGCUGCAGCUGUGCAGCAGAGGCCUGCACACCGAGGACCGCGAUGCCAUCUGCCAACGCGUGCCAGGCCCCAACGCGUGCACACUGGACCAAGGCUCCAAGCUCUUCUUCCUCCAACGACCCUGACUUCAGCCCCAUUCUCUCCGAAGCUUUAAUAAAGCAGCUGCUACUGUC